GGAUGGAGGCGGCGGGCUCGUCGGUGUCUCUGGAGCAACGAGGUUUCGUCUCCGCGCGAGCGCCAGGCCCACGCGCGGGGUGGAAGGGGGCGCGGGCGGCGGACCCCGCGUUUUGGGAUGCCUCGACUCGCCCAAGUGUUUUAUUUAAAUGGGCGGUUGUGCGGGAGUGCUCGUCCCUGGCGGGGAGCCGUGGGCCAGGCUGUGCCGAGAUGAUCCUUGCUGUCCCAUCUUGUGCAUGGGAUGGACGUACAGACGGGCUUCGGGCUCAGCGGAGGAUACGGUAGAAGCUAAUUUUUAAAUGGAAAUGGAAUCUUGAAUAUUUAACUCAAGGGGAAGAUGUUCCGGUAAGGACACUGAAGUCUUGAUUGCACGUGAAUCAACGGAAGUCACUCAUCGCCUUCCAGCAGUUGAAGCACUCUGCAAGAGGAUCAUGGAUUUUCCUGGUCACUUUGAACAGAUCUUCCAGCAGCUGAACUACCAGAGACUCCAUGGCCAGCUCUGUGAUUGUGUCAUCGUUGUGGGGAACAGACAUUUUAAAGCCCACCGCUCCGUGCUGGCAGCAUGCAGCACACACUUCCGGGCCCUGUUCUCGGUGGCAGAGGGAGAUCAGACCAUGAACAUGAUCCAGCUGGACAGCGAGGUGGUAACAGCAGAGGCCUUCGCAGCAUUGAUUGACAUGAUGUACACCUCUACCCUCAUGCUGGGGGAGAGCAACGUUAUGGAUGUCUUACUGGCAGCCUCUCACCUGCACUUGAACUCUGUUGUUAAGGCGUGUAAACAUUACCUAACAACAAGGACGCUACCCAUGUCUCCCCCCAGUGAGCGUGUUCAGGAGCAGAGUGCCCGUAUGCAGCGCUCCUUUAUGUUGCAGCAGCUGGGCCUCAGCAUCGUGAGCUCGGCCCUCACUUCCAGCCAGGGUGGCGAGGAGCAGCCAACCCCAAUGAGCUCCUCCAUGCGCAGUAACCUGGACCAGCGGACGCCCUUCCCCAUGAGACGCCUUCAUAAGCGCAAGCAGUCCGCCGAGGAGCGGGCCAGGCAGCGCCUCCGGCCAGCAGUGGACGACUCUGCUGUGUCAGACGUGACUCCCGAGAAUGGCCCUGCAGGGCUUCAUUCUCGGGAGGAGUUCUUCUCGCCAGAUUCUCUGAAAAUUGUAGAGAACGCAAAAGCCAACGGGAUGGCCGACAACCAGGAAGACGGUGCUCUCAUGUUUGACCAGCCUUUUGGUGCUCAAGAAGAUGCCCAGGUGCCCAGCCAGUCUGACAACAGUGCCGGUAACAUGGCGCAGCUGUCCAUGGCCUCUCGGGCAACUCAGGUGGAGACGGGUUUUGAACAGGAUACGGCAGCUGAGAAGGGGGGUUUCCAAUGUGAGAACCCUGAGGUGGGCCUUGGCGAGAAGGAGCACAUGAGGGUGGUGGUGAAAGCAGAGCCCCUGAGCUCCCCCGAGCCGCAGGACGAGGUGAGUGACGUGACCUCCCAGGCAGAAGGCAGCGAGUCUGUGGAAGUGGAAGGCGUUGUGGUCAGCGCCGAGAAGAUCGACCUGAGUCCCGAAAGCAGUGACCGAAGCUUCUCAGAUCCCCAGUCGAGCACAGACAGGGUGGGCGACAUCCAUAUUUUGGAAGUCACAAAUAACCUAGAACCUAAGUCGUCUUUUAGCAUUUCUAAUUUUUUGAACAAGAGCCGAGGAAGUAACUUCAAUGCAAAUCAGAACAAUGAUGAUAAUAUCCCAAACACCACUAGUGACUGCAGGCUGGAGGGCGAGGGCCCCUACUUGCUGAGUCCGGAUGCUGGGCCUGCGGGCGGGCCCUCCUCUGCCCCUGGCCCUCACGUGGAGAACCCAUUUAGUGAGCCGGCCGACUCCCACUUUGUCAGGCCUAUGCAGGAGGUGAUGGGCCUGCCAUGUGUGCAGACUUCAGGCUACCAGGGAGGAGAACAGUUUGGGAUGGAUUUUUCCAGGUCUGGAUUAGGCCUCCACUCCUUCUCCAGGGUGAUGAUGGGUUCCCCAAGAGGAGGAGCCAGUAAUUUCCCAUACUACCGCCGCAUAGCUCCCAAAAUGCCCGUCGUAACUUCCGUCAGGAGCUCACAGAUCCCGGAAAACACUGCCAGCUCCCAGCUGAUGCUGACGGGGGCCUCGUCCUCCUAUGAAAGCACUCAUCCUUCCCAGCCUGGCCCGCCACAGCUGACCAGGGCGUCCGCGGAUGUCCUGUCCAAGUGCAAAAAGGCCUUAUCAGAGCACAACGUCUUGGUUGUAGAAGGCGCACGCAAGUAUGCCUGCAAAAUCUGCUGCAAAACCUUCCUGACUUUGACAGACUGCAAGAAGCACAUCCGUGUUCACACAGGCGAGAAGCCCUACGCCUGCCUGAAAUGUGGCAAGAGGUUUAGUCAGUCGAGCCACUUGUACAAGCACUCCAAGACCACCUGCCUGCGAUGGCAGAGCAGCAACCUGCCCACCACCUUGCUCUAAGUGCCCUGGUCAGAUGCCACUAAGGCCAGCUGUGGGACUGAAAUGAAGUCUGGUUGGGAGGCAGCUUGUGCCGUGGAGCUUGGGGCUUCACAUGCCCUGUGGCUGUUGAAAGUGCCAACAGCCAGUAAAUGGAGAUGUACUGCACGUCGCCCAGUCUGCCAGGCGGCUGAGUGACACAUACACCUCUGGAAGGGGAUGGGAUCCCUGAAACCAAGUUCUUCCUUAGGGUGAAGCAGUGCAGUUGUAGUUUGUAAUUAAUGUUGUUCAAAGCAGCACAUUUAAAAAUUGAAGCAAAACUUUUUUAAACCAUUUUUGUAAAUCCCUGGAGCAUUUAAUGAAAUUUCCUCUACCCUCUGAUGGGAAUGUUACAUCCCCUGUACAGUGAUGCAGAAAGGCACUUAGUGUAACCAAGCAGUGGCGACCUGGUGCCUGUCUGGCAGGUGCUUGAAAGUGUCUCCCAGGUGCAUCCCCGGCCACUAAAACUACUAUAUUUUUGUCUGUGUUGCAGUCACAGGUGCUGCACUUCAAUGGUGCUAACACUGGUCCAGAGCAUGCAUGCUCUUGGACUGUUAGUGUAGAUGCUUCUGGAAACAUCCCUUUCUGGUAGGUGUCUUUACCAGUUUUUUCUGAUUUUAAGAGCAGAAUGUAAAUGGAGUAUGUGCUUAUAGGGAGUGCCACGUAAGGUCUUGUUUCUGUAUGUGCUGUUUUAGCAGUGUUUUAAAACACUUGUAUUACCAAUGUUACAGUCCCAUUUGGAAGUCAGAGAAGAGCUGGUGUUUGUCUUUGUUCUGAUGUAGUCCCAUUUGUGGGGUCUUCCAUGACGCACUUACUUUUUACUCACCCAGACAUCCAGGCCAGUCCAGCGUGACACAUCCCACCCGAGGACAAGCCUCUCUCGCCUCACUGCUUCCCAUUUCUGUGCAUUACUGUUUUCAAUUAUAAACUAACCAAAAACAACACUCCCCACCCCCAUGGAUUUUGUUAUAGCAUAGACCUUGAACUUUUUGUUAGUUAGUGUGCCCCCCUCCAACCUGAUACUAUUUAAAGUUUUGAAAUCCAAAUGUAGUAGCAUUCAUGGAUAAAUAUUGUACUGACUCUGAGUGGGG